AUGGAUGCUGAGAGAAAGGGUUCUCUGCUACCGGAGAAACUGCUCCAUUACUGCCCCGCUCAUCAAGUCUUAAUCUGUACCACCUGCCACUACGCAGUCCAGCCAGCAGCCAUUCCUCGGCACUUGAAGGAUAUCCACCAUAUCCGUAGCAACCAGCGACGUCCAUUCAUCACAUACGCUAAAACACUCAAAUUGAAAAGCCCUGAAGAAGUGAGGUCCAUUCAGCCCAAGGAGUUCCCUCUGCCCUACUUGCCACUUGAGCAGGGAUGGUGCUGUGAGGCACAAGGAUGCGGCUACCUUUGCGCGUCUACUAAGCGAAUGGAAACCCACUGGUCUGCUCAGCAUGGCCGCAAGGGCUACUCAAAUGUUGACUGGAGUGCUACUCCCUUACAAUCUUUCUUUCGAGGGAAUAUGCUACGAUACUUCACCAACACCUAUUCAUCAACCAAGCUUGGCGGUAAUGAGGCUAAGAUAUCUGGGAAACAUAACCGACGUAUCCGAGAAAGGUACAACUUGGACCCAAUCGAUGUCAAAAUUCUGGACCACUACUUUUCCUCGUCUUACAAGAGCUUUGUGACAAACGAAACGACAGAGACAAUCUGGCUCGACGUUGUGCCAGACCUGGCAUACAAUAACCCGUUCCUGUUGCGAGGCAUCUUGGCCUGUACAGCACUACACAUGGCGUACUUAAAUCGUCCACAGCGCCAGACAUACACCCUUCGAGCAUGUGCUCACCAAGACGCGGCGCUUCCCGAAUUUCGCUAUGCAAUCAACCACCCAGAUGAAAAAAACUGCGACGCAAUCAUGUCAUUUGCAUACCUACUGAUCAUUUAUUCCUUCGCGACGGAUUCUGAAAACACUACCAACUCAUUUCUCAUUGUGGACGAAACCCACGAGAAUGCGGAUAAACCAGAACUAAUUCUCCCCCAAUGGCUGCAUUUUAUCCGUGCCGGCUGUUCAAUGCUCUGCGAUGUCUGGGACCGAAUACAAAGUGGCCCGGCAAGUGCACUAGCUUCUGCUUGGGAAGAACAGUUCGAUGUCGGAAAUGACAAUCUGCCGUAUCUGGACUACUUUGUGUCUCUCGUGCCGAGUGACGGGUCUUGGUCCGACGAAAGCACUAAGAUUUAUAAGUCUGCUGCACAUGCAUUAGCUACGUCAUUUGCGUACAUUGAGCGUGCAAAGAGCAAGGCUAAUGUCAAUAUGUGGAAUGUCCUUGCUGUGUGGCCGAUGCGUGUUGAGGUGGCGUUUAUAUCUUUGCUAUCUGAGCGACAUCCCGGGGCGCUUAUACUACUUGCAUAUUACUGCGUGAUACUGAAGGACAUGGAGGACUGUUGGUACUUCGAAGGGAGACCUGUGAAGCUGCUUGCGUCCAUUGCAGAUGUGCUGGACGCAAGAUGGUGUCCUUAUAUUCAGGAGCCAAUUAACGUUUUUAUUGGUUCCAAGAUAGCCAGAUGA